AUGCCACUUGACCAAAUUGUGGAUGUGGCUCUUUCCCGGGACCCUACAAAGGGCUUUCCACCCAUCUUCACCGUCUUGAACUUCCAAGACUCCCUUUCAUUUGUCGUUGCACCCCCAGCAUUCCUUGUUCAACUUCUAACCGCAAGACCUCACUUUUCGCACAAGCGGGGCUUGCCUCCCCUGACUUUGGACAUCCCGAGUAUAUGCACUCAUUCCUCGCGUUCCGGUGCGAAACGAGGUGACCUCCCGUCUUUUGCAGACGCGUACCUGGACAACACAAAUGAUGACCAGUACAAGUUGAACGCUCUGUGGCCCGAGAACAUCUCAGACUCGCUUCCUCCUGAACUUCAGCGGCUUCAACUAACAAGCCCAGUUCGCACUCAGCAUGUAUUACAAAACAACCAGAUCGAUCCGGCUCUGCUGACCGGGGAGGACACAAACAGCCGGAGAGAGUACUACUGGGGCGAACUGUCUUCCCCAAUGUCACCUUAUUCGCCACUGGGUUCCGGCGUGUCACCCAGUCUCGGGUUCCCAUCUCCCCUGACUCCCAUGUAUGCAAGUGUGGAGACCGAGGAGACAAACAGAGGAAGAGAGUACUACUGGGGCGAACCGUCUCCCCCAGCAUCACCUUAUUCGCCGUUGGGUUCCGGCGUAUCGUCUAGUUUCGGGUUUCCGUCUCCCCUGACUCCCGUGUAUGCAAGCGUGGAGACCGAUCCAGCCACUGCUCGAUUGCACUUCCUUAGCAUGUCAGCGUACCCGGUGCUGACCUAUGCGACGAGUAGAGAGUCAACGCCAGACUCCGCACUCCAUUCGCCUGUAACCGUCUCGUCACACUCAUCCCGACCCCUAAAUAUGUGA